ACAAUCAAAUAUCUUCCUACGUUCCUACUUUCGAGAGAAUACGGAGAGAAUGGCAGGAGGUCAGGAAUUGAAGUUGUUGGGGUUGUGGGAGAGCCCCUUUGUAGUGAGGUCAGGAAUUGCUCUAAACCUAAAAAGGCUGGGCUACGAGUUCUUAGAGGAGGUGCCGGGGACUAAGAGCGAGCUCCUCCUCAAGUCCAACCCUGUCUACAAGAAGAUGCCAGUAUUGAUUCAUAAUGGCAAGCCCAUCUGUGAGUCCAUGAUCAUCGUUCAGUAUAUCGACAAGGUCUGGGCUGCAGCGGGACCUUCCAUCCUACCCUCAGAUCCCCAUGACCGUGCCAUUGCUCGCUUUUGGGCCGUAUACAUCGAUGACAAGUGGUUCCCUUCUCUGCUGAAAAUCGUAAGAGCAAAGGCUGAUGAUGAAGAAGAGAAGGCCGAAGCAGCAGAGCAGGUGAUUGCCGGGCUCCAGUUGUUGGAAGAGGCUUUCGAGAAAUGCUCCAAAGGCAAGGACUUCUUUGGCGGGCAGACUGUUGGGUACAUAGACAUUGCGUUGGGGUGCUACUUGGGGUGGCUCAAGGCGGCAGAAAAGAUGGCCGGCAUCAAACUGCUAGACAAGGAAAAGAUACCUCUUUUGGUGGGAUGGGCAGAACGUUUCUGCUCGGCCGAUGCUGUGAAGGAGGUGAUGCCGGAGGCCGACAAGCUGGUAGAGUUCGCCAAGUUGCUUCGGGGCACGCAGAAUGUUGCGGCCCCCAACUGAAAGUACUCAACUUCAGAAAGGCGGGCAUAGACGCUACUAGUUCGGAUAAAUGCUGGUAGGGAUGAUGAUAAAAUAGAGGAAUAAUAUGAUGAACCGGAGUGUGGAGUUUGAAAUGUCUUUCCUGAAAGUCGAGAGGAUUCUGCUAGCUUUGUUGGCAGCAUUUGAAAUUGGUGGUUUUUAUGUAGAUUUCCUUCCAGUUCUAGUUUUCUGCUAUGGAUGAAGGGGCAUAACCGCAUAAUGUAGUUUCGAUUAUCAGACUUAUGGUGGUACUGGUACUUCCUUGAGAUUUUGAUAUGCAAUUCUCAAGUCCAACGGCAUACAUGGGAGAACCCAUAAAUGAUCAGCUCCCUGACCAUAAAUUUAAACGAUGACUGCCAAGACCCCAGAAGAAAGUUAAUUUGCUAUCUGUCAGCCUCAAUUGUGUUACGUUGUCCGUUUAGAAACUCAGUUGUUAUGUUCAAUCUGUUCUUCUCUAGUGAAGUGAUCGACGGUGCUAGUUUUACGAACACUUUGAUGACCAUCAUACCGUGAUUUUUCCAUAGUUAUGCAAUUAAGCAUCUUGGGAACCAAA